AUGGCGCGUCCUAGCAGCACUAGCGUACUCGUCCUCAUCCUCGUCGCGUUGGCCGGCGUUGCCGACCUCGCGUCCGCCACGGCGAGACCCGUCGCCGACGCCUUGGGCGACAAUGCGGCGGCGCUUCUGUCUUCGGCGGGGGAGGCGGACCAGAACCAGCUGAACGGCAUGAUGCAGUGCCUGCUGGGGUGCUUCACGCAGGUGUUCGGCUGCGCACUCGGGUGCAUGGGCAAGGGCCCCGACCUGCCGCUCUGCGUCGUCAGCUGCGACCAGAAGAGCAUCGUCUGCAUGGUGCGCUGCGGCCUCUCGCCGUCACCGCCCAAGCCCACGCCGCCGGGGCCCAAGCCGCCCUCGCCCAAGCCUCCACCAGCGCCCAAGCCGCCCGCGCCCAAGCCUCCGGCCCCCAAGCCGCCUUCGCCCGGCCCGCCAUACACGCCACCGUACGCGGCCGCCGGCCGCCGCAAGACGGAGACAUCCGCCUGA